GGUCUCGGUGAGCAGCAGCAGGUCGGGCAGGAGUGGACCCCCUGCACGCCCCUGCCCGUGGGGGCUCAGGGCAGGCGGGUGAGUAGGUGGCAGCCUGCAUGCAGUGGAGUGCAGGGGCUCCCUGGGAGCAUGGUGGCGGUGCAGCAGCGUGUCUGCUGCCUGCCUGGCGUCGGAGGGGGCCCUGUUGGUGGGGCUGGGCGUCCUCCCAGGUGAGGCCUCUGCCUGCGCUGGGAGAAGAAAGGGGCUUUUGUCUUCCAGGAGGCCAGGACUGAGCGGGUAGCCCUGCGCGCAGGGGGCACGGGGGCCGUGGGCUGCUUGGCGGUAACCGAGUCCGACCCCUUGGCAUUUGCUGCCUUCACCGCUUCCCACGGCGGGAACAAGCAGCGCGUUCUGCAGGCGAUGGCGGGAGAAGAAAGGCUGCCUUGUCCGCCCCAGUGGUGGGGCGCCGGCCGGAGCGUGGCUGCACUCCCAGCCCGCAUUCCUACAGCAGAGCCGGCUGGAGAGGGGCUGCACCCCGUGAGGAGCGGGCUGGGGGGAACGGCAGGCGUCUCCUCUGCGGUGAGGAGCCAGCCUUUGUCCAAGAGUGCCCAGCAUCUCCGAGCGGGCACCAUGGAGGCAUCUGGCAGGACCCACGCCAGCCCAACCCGCAGAGUCCAGACCAUCAUCCAGAACAGCUCCCUGGACCUGAUUGACACGGGCAAGGGGCUGAAGGUGCAGACGGAGAAGCCGCACUUGGUGAGCCUAGGCAGCGGCCGGCUCAGCACUGCCAUCACGCUCCUGCCCCUGAAGGAAGGGAGGACCACCAUCGGCACAGCCGCGAGGGACAUCAUCCUGCAGGGCCCUGGGCUGGCGCCCCAGCACUGCUACAUUGAGAACACGCAGGGGACACUCAUCCUGCACCCCUGUGGCAACGCCUGUGCCAUCGACGGCGUGCCACUCCAGCAGCCCACACGCCUCACCCAAGGGUGCACCAUCUGCCUCGGCCAGGCCACCUUCCUCCGCUUCAACCACCCUGCUGAGGCCAAGUGGAUGAAAAGCAUGAUCCCAACAGGGGGCAGGAGCCCAGCGGCUCUCUAUGGGCUGCCAGCAAAGCCCAAGGCCCUGGUGAAUGGUGGCUGCCAGCCUUUGGAGCGCGGGUGUCCCAGCCACAGCUCCCUCGUCAGCUCCAUCGAGAAGGACCUGCAGGACAUCAUGGACUCACUGGUGCUGGAAGAGCCGGCAUCCCAUGGCGGCAAGAAGCCACUCACCUGCGGCCGGUCUCCCCUCUCCCCUGUGGUGAAUGGGGGUGGGUGCUGCCUCCUGUCCCCCCCACGCAGCCCCGGGGCCACCUCGGUGGGCUCCAGCUAUGAGAACUUCUCCCCUCUCUCCUCCCCGCCCAGCAGCGGUGGUUACACUAGCCCCUCGCCCAGCAGCCAGGAGCAGGGUCCAGCUGUGCCCCCUGUUGUCCCACUCCGCUCCUCUAGCUACAACCACACCAUGCAGCUGCCCCCCCAGCGCCCGGCCCUCCCACCUAGUGGGGGUCUCGGUGAGCCUUGGCCAGCCGAGAGGCUUGGGGACCACCGGGCAGGCAGCCCCCGCCUGACCCCCAGGCCAGCACCACGGCCACGGGCAGCUCUGCAGGAGCGGCCUCCCAGCCCCUUCCGGGAGCCACGGGAUGCCCUGGCACCCAGCCGGCAGCCCACCUGCAAGGUGGUCCCAGAUGCCCGGCUGCAGCCCCCCGAGAGCCCGCGGGCAGCCCGGAGGAAUGUGGAGAGCAUGCGGGAGCUGCCCCCCCUGAGUCCCUCCUUGUCACGCCGGGCUGCCAGCCCCCGUGUGACCCCUGAUGCCACCUCCCUGCAGCCCCGGCUGGGCAGGGAGGUGCCCAGCAGCCCCCGCACCAGGCGCAAGGGCCUGGAGGAGCCAAGGGGUGCCAGGAGCCCCUCGCCCCCACUGCCAGCAGAGACCCCCCAACGCCACCCCAGCUUCAGCACCUGCCUGACUCCAGCGUAUGGGCUGGGCUCUCUGGCUGUGCCCUCACCCCGGCAGAGCCCUUGCUUGCCCAGGAAGCCCUUGGGGGACCCACGGCCACUGACAGGGCCACGGGAGCGCAAGAACAGCAUCACUGAGAUCAGUGACAACGAGGAUGAGCUGCUGGAGUACCACCGGCGGCAGCGGCAGGAGCGGGUGCGGGAGCAGGAGAUGGAGCGCCUGGAGCGGCAGCGCCUGGAGACCAUCCUGAACCUCUGUGCCGAGUAUACCAAGACGGAUGGCACAGAGCUGGGCGAUGUGCACUGGCGCCUGGCUGGUGACACGGAUCCUGGCCGGCAGGUGCCCAGGGGUGCCGUGAUUCUGGGCCGUGUUGCCGAGGAGCUGCGGCAGAGGGAGAGUCUGGAGAGGUCAGAGGAAGAAAACCUGAAGGAGGAAUGCAGCAGCACUGAGAGCACCCACCAUGAGCAUGAGGAGCUGGCGGGUCCCCGGGCCAAGGAUGCGCAGCGGCUGGAGGAGGAGCGCGCCAGUGUGCUCUGCCGCCUGGACCAGCUGAAGGGCCGUGUCAAGGAGCUGGAGCAGCAGCUGCAGGAGACAUCACGAGAGGCAGAGAUGGAGCGGGCGCUGCUGCAGGGCGAGCGGGAGUCGGAGGCGGCACGGCUGCGGCAGGAGCAGGAGGCAGUGCAGCAGCUGCAGGAGAAGCUCUCUAGCCUGGAUGCCAGCAUCCGGAAGGAGAGGGACAAGGAAAGGGCAAAGGUUGAUGCUGAAAGGAAGGAGCUAGAGCAACUCCGGGUGCUUUACCAUGAGUCGAAGAGCCAUCUUGAUAAGUGCCCCGAGUCAAUGCGGGAGCAGUUGCAGGAGCAGAUGCGAAGGGAGGCUGAGGCACUGGAGAUGGAGGCAAAGCUGUUUGAGGACCUGGAAUUCCAGCAGCUGGAGCGGGAGAGUCGCCUGGAGGAGGAGUGUGAGGCACGGGGCCAGCAGCUCCUGCAGAGCCGGGCCGAGUGCCACCGCAGCAUCGCUCGCAGGAAGGAGCGGGUGGCUGCCCUGGAUGCCCAGGCUGCCCAGAUCCAGCUGCAGAGCACCCAGGAGGCUGAGCGCCUGGCCAGGGAGAGGAAUGGCAUCCUGCAGCUCCUGCAGAAGGAGAAGGAGAAGCUCAUGUCUCUGGAGAGGCGAUACCAACUCAUCACAGGUGGCAGGAGCUUCCCCAAAAUGUCCUCAGCUCUCCGAGAGGAGACCCUCCAUAUCUCAGAGCCUUAUGAGUUGUUGGGGGGAACUAAGCCCAUGAGCCCCCUGCCAACAGCAGCUGCCUCCUUAGCUUCUCCUGCCACCCGCUCCUACCCUAAGGCACAAGAGGAGUACAUGAGGCUGUCUGACGUUUUCAGGUUCUGCAGCAAUGUGCACGGCCCCAGUCCGGACACUAAAGCUUCUGCUGCUGCCCCUGCUGCCACUCAGUGCUCUUUCUUGCUUGCUGUACCUCCUGCAGCCAAUGAGGUCUAUCGUGCCAAGACGGAGGGUGAUGCCGGUGCCCUCACCCCUCGGAUGAAGAGCGGCACCCCCUCGUCCUCACAGCUCAACCUCUCUGUGCUGGGGCGCAGCCCCUCACCCAAGGGCCCCCCAAGCCCUGCAGGCAGCCUGCCCCGCAACCUGAUGGCCACGCUGCAGGACAUUGAGACCAAGCGCCAGCUGGCCCUGCAGCAGAAGGCUGAGCUGCUCCCAGCAGAGCUCUUGCAGCCGGGCGAUCCACCAGGUCAGCAGGUGAUUGAAGAACAGAAGCGGCGGCUGGCAGAGCUGAAGCAGAAAGCAGCUGCCGAGGCUCAGUCCCAGUGGGAAGCCCUGCAUGGGCAGCCCUCCUUCCCCACUGCCUUGCCCCCGCUCGUGCAUCACUCCAUCCUCCACCACCACCGUCCCCAUGGUGUCAGGCCCCGGGCCGAGGAGCUGGACCACGCGUAUGACACCCUCAGCCUGGAGAGCUCGGACAGCAUGGACACCAGCAUCUCCACCGGCAACAACUCCGCCUGCUCACCUGACAACAUCUCCAGUGCCAGUGGGAUGGAUGCGAGGAAGAUUGAGGAGAUGGAGAAGAUGCUGAAGGAGGCACACGUGGAGAAGUCACAGCUGAUGGAGUCCCGGGAGCAGGAGAUGGAGCUGCGGCGGCAGGCACUGGAAGAUGAGCGCCGGCGCCGAGAGCAGCUGGAACGCCGGCUGCAGGAUGAGACCGUGCGGCGGCAGAAGCUGGUGGAGAAGGAGGUCAAGCUGCGGGAGAAACACUUCUCACAGGCUCGUCCCCUGACACGGUACCUCCCCAUCCGCAAGGAGGAUUUCGACCUGCGGCUGCACAUCGAGUCCUCGGGCCACAGUGUGGACACCUGCUACCAUGUCAUCCUGAUGGAAAAGAUGUGUAAGGGCUACCUGGUCAAAAUGGGCGGCAAGAUCAAGUCUUGGAAGAAGCGCUGGUUUGUCUUUGACCGCAUGAAGCGCACCCUAUCCUACUACGUGGAUAAACAUGAGACCAAGCUGAAGGGUGUCAUCUACUUCCAAGCCAUCGAAGAGGUUUACUAUGACCACCUUCGCAGUGCUGCAAAGAGCCCUAACCCUGCGCUCACCUUCUGUGUCAAGACCCACGACCGCCUCUACUACAUGGUGGCACCCUCGGCCGAGGCCAUGCGCAUCUGGAUGGAUGUCAUCGUCACUGGGGCAGAGGGGUACACCCAGUUCAUGAACUGAGGGGUGCGGGGGUGCUGCACGCCCUGGAUCCACUGGCUUGACAGACUCUCCAUCAUCCCAAGCCAAGAGGGUCUCCUGGGGGGCCGUGGCCCCUGCUGCACCCUGUGCCAAGGGCCACGGUGGUUGAGCUGGGCCAUGCCCCACACUGGCAGCAGUGAGCGUCACCUGCUCAGCCAAGGGAAUAUUAUUUUUUUUUUUUUAUGUUGACUUUUUGAAAACAAAAUUUAUUGGAAACAUAUCAUAGUGCUGAAACGUAAAAAGCUGCCAAAGACCUUUCUGGUGCCUGGAGCUUUCUGCCUCAGGGAGACGCGGGCUUACUCACUGCCAGGCUUUCCCAGAGAGGUACGGUGCGGCCAGCUAGCCCCAGGCAGCAGGGACCCCCUGUUUUGGUAGCCCCAGACACCUCUUUGUAAAUCUUUUGUAAUCCGGUAUUAUGCCCCCCGCCACGGGGCGCACAGGGGGGGCUGCCCAGCCAUAAAGCAUUUUGUGGAGCC